AUGGCCCGAGGUACAGGACCAGAGACGAAGGCUGAGCUGCCCCAAGGGGUGGAAGGAGAGGAGAUGGGCUGUGAGGAAUCAGAGACCUUGUCGGCCAUUCAAGGAGCCACAGAGCACGAGUGGAUGAUGAGAGAAGACCCCUACAUCCAGACUAAGGAUGGUCUCCAUGGACUGCAUGGGCCUCACUCCUCCUCGCCGAUCGAACCUAUUUGCACCGAGCCCUACUGUGGUGGCUUUUGGUGGUCCCAGUCAGCUCCCCGUGUGAAGCUGGUGGAUGGAGACUUGGGAAAGAAGGCAGCGCCCAAAGAGGCUGCGCCGGUGGACUUUCCGGAGGUCUCCUUCUUCCCGGCCUUUGACCCUCCGUUGGCCUCCUUCGUGAAGCUUCGCCCUGCCAAUCAGGGCACCUUUGACCGUUGGAACAUUCCCAACGCGGUCACCGUGAAGGUGGGCACGCGCUCGGAGAUGAAGUUCCUCACCAACGAGGUCUUGAACAACUUCAUGCGUGUGCAGGAGGACGCUGGUUUGGGGGAACCAGAGUAUGUGGUUCGUCAGGGACUACAGUUGGUCAGCUGGAAGCCGCGACACGGAAGGCUUCAUGUCACACCCUUCCUGGGCAGCAAGGAGGAGAUGAUGAGCAGCAAUUUGCCAAUCACCUUCACCUUUGGAGGUAAACCGACUCCGAAGAACGCAUCCCCGGACGAGCAGCAGCGGCUGGAGCCUGAGAUCCCUGAUGCCCCGGACUAUGGGCAGUACCUGCGCGCGGAGGACAAGCCACAGCCGCCCAUCAUCCUUCCAGUGAAACGUUUGGACUUUGUGAUCCGACGACCGCCACCACCCGAUGGCUGCGCCACCAACCGCCUGGGAGCAGAUGUUGUGACAAAGCCCCCGCGGCAGCCGGCACCGAACCUCACAGCGGGUGCUGCCUGCCCCUGCGCCGAGCCCGUCACGAAUUCGAGCACCGCCACCACCACGGAAUACAUAACAGCGAGUGAGGCAGCGCAGCAGAAGGCGCAUGGCACGAUGAACGAGGAGGAAGAUGAGCAGGAAGAGUGCACUCAAGGGGCCCCUUUUGUGGAAGAGCCUGAGCCCACCGAGGUGAGCUGGUUGCUGUUCAGCCAGGUGGCAGCCUCUCACAUGAUUGGCCCCGUGGUAAGGCUCAAUCUGGACAAGGUUUCAAGCGACCUGUCUAAGGUGCCUGAGGAGUUUGGGUCACGCACGGUCACAGACGGCGACUCAAAGUCUGAGAACGGGGAGACGACCACACCCGUGAGGUACCACAUCGCCCACAUCAUUUGGCUGGAGCGGCAUCGCUUUCAGCAAACACAGGCAGCCCACCAAGCCGGUGACGUGGAGGCAUUGCGAACACUGGCGCCGGUGGCGAGCACCGCGGCGGUUUGGUGGUGCAGUGGGGAUUUGCUCAGCAAGCUUUGUGAUGUAUCUCACGUGAAGGUUCUCCUCGUCCUGUCAGCGACGUUGUUGGUGGUGGGUGGCAUCGGCCAUAGCGCUUUGUCUCAGGCAUCGAUCCAGGAGUCGCUGUGGCGCUCGUGGAUUUGGAUCGCCGACCCCGACGGCGGCGAGUCGGCGCUCCCCGGCGGCCACGCCGUGGGCGUCGUGGUCUCCAUCGGUGGAAUGCUGAUCUUCGCUCUGCUCUUGUCGUUGAUCACUUCGGCCUUCGAAGACUUCCUUUGGCAGAUUCGCCAUGGCUCCAUCCCCGUCGUCGAAGGCGAUCACAUUGUGAUCCUGGGCUAUGAGCGUUCGGCCAUUUGGAUGAUCGAGGAGCUUUGCUGCGCCAUGGAGACCUCCGGCGGAGGGCUCAUCGCCAUUCUCUCCACAGAGGGGAAGGCAGAAGUCGAAAGUUGGAUCCAACAUGCCGACAUCGACCUGCGCAACUCCUCGGUGGUGGUCCGGUCGGGGCUUCCCUACAAUGAAGAGGACUUGACGCGAGUGGCUGUGCAGACCGCGCGGCGGAUCGUGGUGCUCGCGAACCGGAAGAUCUCCCGGGAGGAAGCAGAUGCCCAAACGUUGAAUGUGCUCCUGACCUUGCAGGGCUUGGACUACACAAACUCCAAGGACCACGCGUCUUUGGACUACCACGCGAGUGGCCUCUUCGAGGGUUUGGAGCGUUUCAACGAGGACAUCAGUGCUUGGGAGACCUCACAAGUGCGGGACAUGAGUUCGAUGUUCCGUGGAGCCAAAGCCUUUAAGAUGCCCAUCGGCGCCUUGACAAACAGAGAGCUGAGAGGACGGAGAGCUUCAUCGUAG